AUGGAGAAGACGUCGGAGAAGGGAGGAAGAACACGUAGCAUAGAGAAGACGUCAGACAAGGGAGGAAGAACAAGUAGCAUGGAGAAGACAUUAGACAAGGGAGGAAGAACACGUAGUAUAGAGAAGACGUCAAACAAGGGAGGAAGAACACGUAGCAUAACGAAGACAACAGCCAAGGGAGGAAGAACACGUAGUAUAGAGAAGACGUCAAACAAGGGAGGAAGAACUCGUAGCAUUGAGAAGACAUCAGACAAGGGAGGAAGAACACGUAGCAUGGAGAAGACGUCAGACAAGGGAGGAAGAACACGGAACAUAGAGAAGACAUCAGACAAGGGAGGAAGAACACGUAGCAUAGAGAAGACGUCAAACAAGGGAGGAAGAACUCGUAGCAUUGAGAAGACAUCAGACAAGGGAGGAAGAACACGUAGCAUGGAGAAGACGUCAGACAAGGGAGGAAGAACACGGAACAUAGAGAAGACAUCAGACAAGGGAGGAAGAACACGUAGCAUAGAGAAGACGUCAGACAAGGGAGGAAGAACACGCAGUAUAGAGAAGACAUCAGACAAGGAAGGAAGAACACGUAGCAUAGAGAAGACAUCAGACAAGGGAGGAAGAACAAGUAGCAUAGAGAAGACGUCAGACAAGGGAGGAAGAACACGGAACAUAGAGAAUACAUCAGACAAGGGAGGAAGAACACGGAACAUAGAGAAGACGUCAGACAAGGGAGGAAGAACACGGAACAUAGAGAAGACGUCAGACAAGGGAGGAAGAACACGGAACAUAGAGAAGACAUCAGACAAGGGAGGAAGAACACGGAACAUAGAGAAGACGUCAGACAAGGGAGGAAGAACACGGAACAUAGAGAAGACAUCAGACAAGGGAGGAAGAACACGGAACAUAGAGAAGACAUCAGACAAGGGAGGAAGAACACGUAGCAUAGAGAAGACGUCAGACAAGGGAGGAAGAACAAGUAACAUAGAGAAAACAUCAGACAAGGGAGGAAGAACAACGAGAAUGUGA